CGGCCAUUCAACAUUCAUAAAAGACAGGGGAACUUGUAUGAAUCAAGCCUAGACAACCACAUCAUUACGCUCCGUACAAUACUUCUUUUCAUAAUUGCUAUAGAGACCCACUAGUACAAUACACAAUGUCGACUCUUCAGACACGGACGAUAACGGCUGCUGUCAUGGAGUGGAUUAGUCGACCGCUGGCACGACCACCAAUUCUGCCAAUUAAUGCAAGGACUUGCCAAGCAACAAAUAGAUAUAUGAGCACUUCAACUCUACCAUUCUUAAACCCUACGAUACCCUCAACGUGUCAAACUUAUAUUGCUACGAAUGCGACCAAAAUACUUCAGCCAGUUGUAUCGACAAGAAGCAAAAUUUAUUGUAAAUAUUCGAGUGCUCGAAGAAAAGAGAUCGAUCGGCGAAAUUGGCAGCAAUACACGAUACGAAAACACUUGGAAUCUGGUGCAGAAGGACUUGCACUUCAAGUCUAUUCUUCCAUGGGACUGCUAGCUCAAGACGAAAAGGGCAAGGAAAAGUUCUUCCGACUUCUUCAUGUGUCAGAAGUAUAUCGACUACUUGAAGUAUUACGUCAACAAAGUGCGAGGACGCUUGUCCAUGAUACUCUGCAACAUCGGUAUCAUACUCAGCGACUUGAACUGUUACUGGGACAUCUAUGGUUUCGUUUGGAAGGAUUAGACAGGCGAACGGCAGAUUGUGCUUUGGAGAUUUAUGGUCGAGCAGGCGCUAUUGAAGCAGCAGAAUGGAUUUUUCAAAGAUUUUUGGAGUGCGGAGCAGAGCCACGGACAGACACAUACAACAAGCUCAUGACCGUUUACCUCAGCCAUAUAAAGCAGCAUGGACAUGAAGAAGAUGAGAAGCGAAAGGAAUACAUGGAACGAUUGGAAGGCAUAUGGGAGAAAGUCAGGUUAGGGCCUGAUGGACCGGAUGCAUACUCGUAUAAUAUCCUACUCAGCGCCAAAGUCAAAAUUGGAGACAUUGAAGGAGCCGAAAGGGUUUUUGAAGAGAUGAUGGUUCAACCCGAUAGAGUCAGCUAUCACAUUCUUCUGGAUGGUUAUCUCAAAGCACUUGAGCACAGUCAGCAGCAGCAAGCAGAAUUAUGGCUUGGGAAGAUGAUGAAGCAUGGCAUUCAGCCGGACACUAAGACAUUUAAUACCCUCAUGGCAGGUUUGGUCAGGCAAAUGAGAAGGUCUCACUCUCGACAAGAUGACGAUAACGCAGGAACGUUAAAGGCAACUGCUAGCACGAUAUUCAAACUAUCCGAAGCCAUGGACAAACUUGGAGUUGAAAAGGACACCCAUUCCAUAGGAAUCUUGAUCCAUUGUUACUUUUUGUGUGGUGAAAUCGAGCAGAUCGACAAGCUUUCCCGGGAACUCGGCAUUAUGAAGAAUGGCGGCUAUGAUACCACCAUCAUCAAAUCCAAGUUGGUCGCUGGCAAGCACAUUUACAAUAGUUUGAUCAACAUAUACCUCACUAUUGGACAGGACGACAAAGCGAUGGAGAUAUACCAUGAUAUGACAUGCAAAGGCAAGCAUGCGGAUGUCAUAACAUAUGGAACCUUCAUUCGCCAUAGUCUCAAGAGAGGCAAUCUUCAAGGAGCGAUGAGCUAUUACCAGAUGAUGGAGCGAGCUGGUAUACCUGGCAAUUCUCGAAUUCGGAACAUGAUUUUAUCAGCGACAACCAAGGAAGAAGAAUAUAACAGAGCAAAGCCGCAAGAGUCAGCGAGCGCGCAAUCUUCAGCGAAUGCGGAAUUGUCAGCCAACCCCGAAAUGUCAGCGAGAACGCACUUGUUAGCGGAAUCGCAAGCCUUCAGUGAAGUCUCCGACAAUACAACAAAUCAGACAACUGACAGGGCGGCUGAACAGACAGCAGAAGUAGCAAAAAUGAAUUCUGCACACAAAUGAAAAUCAUGGCUUUGAUGCAAGGUUUUCUAGGAUUGGCUCCAUUGUCAUAGCAUCGGCAAGACGGGAUCCAAGACUAGUUUCUGUGUAAUAUAUUGUGGAUGUACAGGAUAAUCAAGGCUGAUAUUGAGCCAACUUUUUUAUAUACCAACUAGAAUGGGUGUGCGUAGAAACUACACUAAGAAAUGAAAUAAUGUUUGCUGUAAUAAUUCUAAAAAAAUAUAAAAAAUACAAUGGUUCGCUUUGUAUUGCUCAUCGCAGUUACUAG